AAUGCAAUUAAUUUUAGUUAUUUUCAGAUGAAAGACACACUCUUAUAGAAAUAAAAAAGAACAUAGAUACCAACUCACCAAAAAUUCUAAUAAAGGAUGUUAACAAAGGGUCAAGUGACCAAUGUGAAAAUAAUGAAACUACUGGUAAUGAGCCAAUUAAUAUAACAAAUAAUGACAAAUGUGCUUCCAAUGCAGACACAAUAAAUCAAUUUCAUAUUCAACAUGAGGAAUCAAAUACUAUAGUAAACUCAUAUUUAGAUUUGGAUGUGAAGUCCGAUUUUCACAAUGAUAAAUUACAGAGCAAUGUUAUAACUAAUGAAAAUUUACAAAGUCAUACAUUAGAUAAAACUAAAUCUUCUAAAACCUAUCCUCGAAUUAUAGAAGACAAGAAAUGCAAAAUAAAUAUGACUAUUUUAUCAAAAAGUAGUGACACAACAGCAAAUAGUUCAUGUAAUACAUCUAUUCUGGGGAAUUUGGAACUUUCUGAUGUAAAUCUUUCUGAUGUAAAUGUUUCUGAUAUGAAUGGAAUAGACAUAAAUAAUUUUGAAAAUUGUGGUACAAAUUUAAAUAAUAAUAAUGGAGAAGAAAUGAUUCACGAAGUACUAGCUGAAAAUAAAUCCACGUUUACAUCUAUCACUGAAAAUACUGAACUGGACAGCACUAUAGUACCAUUUUGUGAUUUAAACGGAGUUAAGAAUUCUUCUAUAAACAACGAUAUAAAUAACAAUGACAAUAAAUUAUAUUGCAGUAACUCACAAAUUGAAAAUGUCUCGCAAAAUACAGAUUUUGAGAAAAAUAAAAUUUCUAAUGUAAGCGAUAAAGAUUCAGAUUAUGAACCAUCUAUUCAGAGUUCAAAUGAUACUGAUAUUGAACAUACUGAUAUUGAAAUAAAUGAUGAUUUAGAAAUUGCAAAUAAUGAAUCUAGCAUAUUAGCAAAUUCUUCAGAAAAUGCAAACGAAAAAAAUAUGUUAGAAAAAGAAAUAGAAACAUGCAAAGAUGAUGAAUUAUUUGUAGAAUUGUCUCAAGGGCCCAAAGGAGAUAAAAAAUAUAAUUUUUGCUUUUACUGCAAUACUAUGCAAAGUAAAAUUGCUCGGCACCUAGAAUUAAAACAUAAAAAUGAAGAAGAAGUAAAAAUGUUUUUAUUACUUCCAAAAAAAUCUAGAGAGCGAAGAGAUGCAAUUAGUCAAAUAAGAAAAAGAGGCAAUUUUAAAUAUAAUACACAGGCAGAUUUAAAUAACGGUUCCAUGAUUGUUGUAAGAAGACCUACUAAAGAAGAGAAGCAAUGUGGUUCUUAUUUUUUACCAUGUUCUAAGUGUAGAGGACAUUAUGCAAUACAUAAUCUCAGGCAUCAUUAUCGCAUUUGUGCUAAGAAGAAAGAUACAACUCGAAAUGUAUUAAAAUUAGCACGAAGCGCUGCACAAUCUGUUCAUAAUCGUGCAAGCCAUAAAUUAAGAAAGGACAUUCUUCCUGUCAUGCGAAAUGACAAUAUUUAUAAAUUAAUAAAGUACGAUUUAUUAAUUAUACUAUACGGAAAUUACCUCUGUCAAAUUCAUAGAUUGCAGCAUUUAGGAGACCACAUACGACAACAAUUACGACUUCUUGGACGAUAUUUAGAAGUAUUAAAAUCAAUAGAACCGGCAAUACAAGAAUUACAAAUGCUAUUUGACCCGAAAUAUUAUGAUAUUGCUAUAAAAGCAGUAAAUAUAAUUGCUAAAUAUAAUGAAGACACAGAAUCAUAUGAUAUACCAUAUAAUGCUACAGCUAUGGGCACAUGUUUAAAAAAAUUAUGUAAGAUCUUAAUCAACGAAUUUAUUAAACAACAUGAAUACGAAAAACAAAAAUCAGCAAAAAAUUUUCUAAAGAUUUUAGAAGUCGAAUAUGGUAGUACCGUUAAUAAAACAGUUACAGAAAUACAGACUAGAAACAGUCGAAAGAAAAAAGUUAAUCUUCCGAAAACAUCAGAUAUCAAAAAGUUAACCAAUUAUUUAGAAGAAAUAAGAGUAUCUAGCAUGCGAGAAAUAAAAAAUAAAUUCACGUUUUGUGCUUGGAAAUCACUUGCUGAAGCAAUAUUAAUAAUGAUUCAAAUUUUCAAUCGGCGACGUGCAGGAGAGAUAGAAAGAGCUUACAUUGUUGAUUACAAAAAUUUCAUAAAAAUUACAAAAGAGGAUGAAUUAUAUAAAAGGUUACCACAAAAAGAAAAAAUAUCUGCUUUAAAGUACAUUCGUUUCACAAUUCGUGGCAAGCUAAAUCGGAACGUCCCAGUCCUUUUGAAUGCUAAAAUGAAAGAGGCUUUAGACAUAAUUUUAAGAUAUCGGAAAUUGGCAGGAGUAAGUUCAAAAAAUCCAUAUAUAUUUGGAUUGCCAGGUGCAGAUAAAAAACGAUUUAGAUAUUUAAGAGCGAGUAAAUUGAUGCGUGAAUUUGCUAAUCUAUGUGGAGCAGAGAACAAAGAAAGCUUACGUGGGACUAUUUUACGGAAAGACAUGGCAACAAAAUGUUCACACUUACCAGAUAGUGAAAUUUCUCUCAUUGCUGAUUUUAUGGGUCACCAUAAGGAUAUACAUAAAAAUAUUUACAGACAGCCUGUAGUAGAAUCUGAUAUUUUAAAUAUGGCCAAAAUUUUAGAGAAAACUCAAGAUAUAUCUACACAUAACACUGAUAUUGACACUACUAAUAAUACAAAUACUAAUACUACUAAUUCAAACAGUACAACAGAUGCUAAUACUUCAGAGAAUAGUAUUAACGAAAUUCAAAGCUUAGUUGAAGACGAAGCAUCAGAGAAUAAUUUGCCAAAGAAAAUUUUGCUAAAACAAAAAAAUGUAAAAAAACGCGCCAUAGAAAAUAUAAAUAAUUCAGAUGAAGAAUGUGCGCCAAAAAAGAAACGAUUCACACCUCCUUACGGAAAGACCAGAAGAAUACGUUGGACUUCUGAAGAAAAGCAAACAGCUUUAUUACUCUUCGAAACGAAUAUUAAUAAUUCUACUUUACCUUCGUUAAAGGAAAUAAUAUCCAAAACGCGCAAAAACAUUUUGAAAAAUCGACAGCCAGCAGCAAUAAAAACUUGGAUACACAAUCAAUUUCGCAAUAAAAUAUAAAUGUCAUUAAAUAAAAGAAAA